AUGACUGCCGUGGCGUCCCCACCAAGUGUGCAAUCUGGGCCUCUGGGAUGGUAUCCUGCUGUUAACGGUGCCAAAGGAGCGCUUGCCCAUUCAAGAUCAGACGAAGGACUACGCAUGUUUAUGCCUCGGAAAAGUGUCCAACGAACAAACUCUUCUUCAUCUCUAAACUCAACUUUAUCUGCGACAUCUACAGCAUCGGCGAAUUCGCAACACAGUAAUGCUAGCCUCGUAUCCAACGAGUCGGGAUCUGCACCGUCUAAGAAAAAGCCUUACAAAUACAGCUGGUCUAAUUCCAAGGCCGAACCGGUGUCCGGGGUGACGAAUGCUAGAUCCCAGACUGUAUCUGCACCACCCUCCGGAACCGCAGCAUCACCCGCUAUGUCUGCUUCUCACCAAGCUUCCCCACUGCUUUCAUCUCCGCACGCACUUCAAUCUCAGCAAAAAAAUGGUGCCCGCCUCGCUAAUGGGGGAGGUCUUCACUGCGAUCCUCCGGCCAUACUGAGUUUAUUGCCAAUAAAUGGAACUUUUGAAAAAAAACAGAUAACAGUUCCCUAUUUUCCUGAAGUUCUCCGCGUUGGGAGGCAAACAAAUGCGAAAACGGUCCCUACUCCCAUUAAUGGUUACUUCGAUUCGAAAGUGCUCUCCCGCCAGCAUGCAGAAGUUUGGGCUGACCGGGCAGGAAAAAUUUGGAUAAGAGAUGUGAAAUCAUCCAAUGGAACGUUCGUCAAUGGCCAACGUUUAUCUCCGGAAAACCGGGAUUCCGAACCACAUGAACUUCGGGAACAUGACACACUUGAGCUUGGAAUUGAUAUCGUUAGCGAAGAUCAAAAAUCAAUUGUCCAUCACAAAGUUUCCGCAAAGGUGGAGCAUGCUGGAAUAUACGGCCCGAAUAUGAACAUCUUGGAUUUGAAUUUUGGCGACAUUGACCCAACUGCUGGGGGAGGCCUUCUUCCUCCGUACCUCAGCCACCCCCUUUCACACAUGCGUGGCAGGCCAGGAAGUUCUGCUUCUAUUGGUAGUAAUCGCAGCAACCAAGGAGCUGCUGGAAACCAUAUGGGCCUGCUGCAUCAGCAACGACAAAUGAACUACUGGCUCUCUCCCAUUUCAAUUGAGCAAGUUGUGAAAAGGCUAUCGACUGAAAUGAAAAAAGCGAAGCAACAAGCCCUCGAUCUUAACCAAACCAACAAUUUUUUGAGCCACUUGGUCAAUUUCGAGACUCUAGAGAAGGAACGGCCCAAACCCUCACCCACAGAGAAUCACAACGGUGGGCGUUUGUUGAAUGGACGCCCCAAGAUGCCGAAGGUGGAUCAGAUAUCUAGAUUUUCUGAUCCACCCGCACCUCCACCACAGCAGCCCCUACCCGAAAAACCUGAUGCUCCAUCUCGUGGUAUCCCAGAUUCUGUUCCCCAGGCAAGCUUGAAACGAUCAGACACAGAAAAGCCUAGGCUUCCUAUGACUUCGCCAGUAAUUCGCGAAUCAAGCCAGAUAUUGUCCCUGAUCGAGGCGUUGGCCAAUGCCAAAAAGGAUCUUGAUGCACAAGGUGCCCGGGUUAAGGAACUGGAAGAUCUUUUACUCGAGGAGCGAGCAGCCAGAGAACAAGCUGAGGAAAGGGCGCGAAACCUGGAAGCAAAACCCUUAAAUCAAGACGUAAGAUCGGAAAUGGAAGCAGCAUUUGAACCCCCCAGUACUCCGGACGACAAUACUCUUGUGAUUGAGAAGGAUUCCGGCAUUGAUCCGUCCGAAUUAGAGUUGUCGAAGCCAGCUCCCGAUUCAAUGCCACCUCAACCUAGCAAACCGUCAUCUGACUUGACUUCCCAACUGCUGCAACGCCGCCUCGACAAUAUGAUUGCUGAAAUGGAUGAAAUGAGGAAACAAAUUGUGAUAUAUAAACAGUCUGCGCAGAAGGCCGAGAAUGAGGCGUCUGAGACCCGCAAAACCCUUGCACAAAUGAUAGAAAAGAUUCGAAAUACUCACACCGAAACACCCCCACAUUCGCCAGCGGAAGCCACCAGCAUUGGUUUGGCUAAUAAUCAGACGAAGACUGACAUCCUUGUCGAUAGCUUUAACAAGAACCUUGAUCAGCCCAAUUGCCAACGCUAUGCCAGCUCAAACUCCCAUCAGCUCGAUCUAGCAAGCAAGGAAGUCUACGAAGCUUAUGUUAAACAGCGGCAUAAGAACAUGUUGAAUCAAUCAGUACCCUACGCAUCCAUGCUUGGCGUGGUUUUACUCGGUGUGGGGAUCAUGGCCUAUUUAAAUGGAUGGCAGAGAGGGGAUAAAUGA